CUAAAAUGUACACUAAUCUAGCGUUAUUUUUUGUAUCGGUAUUGGCGCAUUUUCUGUGACCCCUUUUCUCUCUCCAUAUCUAGUUUCAUCCCACGUCAUUCAUCUCAUGUGACCCCUUUUUGUACACACACCACACACACACAACACUCUCUCUUCGCGAUCCUUUCCCUCCUCCAUUGGACUUCGUUCCUUCGAAUCCCCAUGGAGUCACUAGAAAUUCCUCGUCUCCUUCUCCAUCAUCACCAUCCCCGUGCAUCUUCAUCUCCAUCUCGACCUCUUUCCAAUUCAAGAUUCUUGCCACAAUUGUGUUUUCCUUCUAACCUCAAAAAAGCUACUAAAAAUGCUACCUUAAGAUCAGUUUCCGGUGAUACUGAUGGUGGUCCCCCCGCUUCACCAGACGGACCUGUUUCCUUUGAAGAUGAUGAAAUUCAACAGCGUGAUGAAGAUAGAGCUCUCUUGUUGUCUAAAGAGAUUGAUGAUUUUGGCUCUCUUGUUGGAUUUCGUUUGAGUACUACUGACUCUGUACAUGCAGGGAAAACUACUACUACUGAUACUCAUCGAGGGGAAUUAAGGAGUGAUGAAGUUGAAGAACCGGGGGAUACAAAUGUAGGAGAAGAUAAGGCUGAGAUUAGAGUGUCCCACAAUAUUGUUUUUGUGACAUCAGAAGCUGCGCCGUAUUCGAAGACUGGUGGACUUGCUGAUGUUUGUGGUUCUUUGCCAAUAGCGCUGGCGGGUCGGGGACAUCGUGUUAUGGUUAUCUCUCCUAGAUACCAACAUGGUACUGCUGCAGAUAAGAAGUUUUCUAGUGCGGUUGAUCUUGAUAGAAAUAUCAACGUAUUUUGCUUUGGUGCUGCUCAGGAAGUUGGCUUUUACCAUGAGUAUAGGGAAGGGGUUGAUUGGGUAUUUGUCGAUCACCCUUCAUUCCAUAGACCAGGGAAUCCUUAUGGGGACAAGAUUGGGACUUUUACGGAUAAUCAGUUUCGGUUCACUUUACUUUCCCAUGCAGCAUGUGAAGCCCCAUUGGUGCUUCCAUUGGGAGGUUUCACUUAUGGAGAAAAAUGUCUAUUCCUUGUUAACGAUUGGCAUGCCAGCCUAGUUUCAGUACUUUUGGCAGCCAAAUAUCGUCCAUAUGGGGUAUAUAAGGAUGCACGUAGCAUAUUAGUGAUUCACAAUAUUGCACACCAGGGAGUGGAACCUGCAAUUACGUAUAGCAAUUUAGGGCUGCCUCAAGAAUGGUAUGGAGCACUUGGAUGGGUGUUCCCUACAUGGGCGAGGACGCAUGCUCUUGAUACAGGCGAAGCUGUCAAUUUUUUAAAAGGCGCCAUUGUUACAGCUGAUCGAAUAGUAACAGUCAGCAAGGGCUAUUCAUGGGAGAUAACAACUAAUGAAGGUGGAUUCGGUCUUCAUGAAAUAUUACGCGAUAGAAAAAGUAUUCUCAGCGGGAUCACAAAUGGAAUUGAUGUUACUGAAUGGGACCCAUCAACCGAUGAACAUCUUGCUAGCAACUACUCUGCCGAAGACAUUUCUGGGAAGGUGAAAUGUAAGGUUGCCUUGCAGAAGGAAUUGGGUCUUCCAGUGAGGCCUGACUGUCCGAUGAUUGGGUUUGUUGGAAGACUUGAUUACCAGAAAGGUAUUGAGCUGAUUCGCCAGGCAAUUCCAGAGCUUAUGAUAGAUGAUGUUCAGUUUGUAAUGCUUGGUUCAGGGAAUCCUAUUUACGAAGAUUGGAUGAGAGCAACAGAGUCAAUUUAUAAAGAUAAAUUCCGUGGUUGGGUUGGAUUUAAUGUUCCCGUAUCUCAUAGAAUAACUGCAGGCUGUGAUAUACUGUUAAUGCCAUCAACAUUCGAGCCAUGCGGACUAAAUCAGUUAUAUGCAAUGAGAUAUGGAACUAUACCGGUGGUUCAUGAAACUGGGGGACUAAGAGAUACAGUUCAAAAUUUUAAUCCAUUUCCUGUAGGAACCAGUGCCGAAGGAUGCAAUGCUGAAGGCACAGGGUGGACGUUUACUCCGCUAUCAAAGGAGAGCAUGCUAGUGGCUCUAAGAUACGCCAUUCAAACAUAUAACGAACACAAGUCUUCAUGGGAGGGAUUAAUGAAAAGAGGUAUGACGAGAGAUUACACGUGGGAAAAAGCCGCCACUCAAUACGAGCAAAUCAUCGAGUGGGCAUUCAUGGAUCCACCCUAUUGCUAAAAGCAGAAAUGAAGUUGGCACAAAGCAUCAAAGAUCAACUCAAGAUUUUCCUUCAAUACCAAGGCUAGAUAUGGGAAUUUUCCUGUUCAUGAUAAUGAUAAUCGUGACCGAUUGAUAACAGGAAAGUAGCCUUUUUUUCUCUUAUCAUUUGAGGCCAGCUGCUUGCUGUAAUUUUUACUAUUAAACACAAUUUUUUUCCUACCAUUUGUUGAGGGUGCACGACACAUGAUAAUAUCUUACCCUUCUUGGGCUGUCUAUUCUAUGAUAUGUGCAUAAAAUCAGGUAAGUAGUCCUAGAAUUUUUUAUAUUUAUUGUAGUUCCACGUUGUUUGUAACUAUGUAUGAAGCAAUGGUGAAUGUUACUGUACACAAUAUUGAGUUUUGGUUCAUCACAAGGAUUA